AUGAUGAAGGACCAGCCAGGAGCCCGUCUCCGCUCUAAUUCUGCUGUUGAACCGUCAUCUUCGGCACAGCAGCCCCUCUCGUCCCCUCGCAUGUCCAUCCUCCCCGCCGUAAGGCUCCCCUCCCUGCGUCGCCAGGAUGAUACGCCCCCGCCCCACCAGAAGACAUCCCUCCUCGCAGCCACAUUAUCCUCGAACACCUUCCUCGACACCAUUGUCACGGAAGAGACCUCCGAUGAGACGCUCUACCAAAUCAAGACCGUCGGCACCUCGACCACCGUGUCUCGAACCGACCGCAGGGAGGGGAGCGUCACGGCUGCUUCGAUAAAGUGGCCGAGGAUGCUCCCGCUCAAGACGAAGGGCAAGGAGUACAGCGAUGGUGUGCUCAUCCAGAUGCGGGGGUCGCGGUGGAACGGCGGCGAGACGCUCUUACGGCCGCCUGUAGGCCACAGCUCGACACGCAAGUUUAACAUCCCCGACUACCCCCAUCCCAUGAAGUGGAAAGCGUACGGGAAUACCUACUGGUGCACGACACCUUCCGUGAAAGGCCCAAUCGCCAUUCUCGACCUCGCAAGAGGGCAAGACCCCACCCGGCUCACCGUGUUCGAGACCCUGCACGACAAGUACGACCCCAAGGCGCUCUCCGCCGUGCAGGGCGUCUCCAUCCUCCUCCUCGACUACAUCCUCGUCACCGCCCUCCUCCUCGUCACCGACCUGCAGGAGUGGAUGCUUGUGCGCAGGUUCGAGGGGAACCAUCUCACAAUUAUGUCCUCUGGUACGGGAGUGCAGGGCCCGAGCUCGGCGCCGGACAUGCCACCUGCGAGCGACUCGCAGUGGCGGAAGAUCAUGUAUGGCGAGCCAAUCUUCCCGAAGCUGUCGAGCGAGCUGCGGUCGAAGAACUCACGGACGUCGUUGUCGACCUCGCCUACGACCCCCGCGUUGCCUCGCACACCGUCCUCGCCGGGCGCACCGGGGUUCCCAUAUUCCGAAGACAUAGAUGAGUCGUCGAGCCGGAAGAUGAUCACGCCCUCGUUAGUGGACGACGACGACGACGACGACGACGAUGACGAUGACGAUGACGACCUGUUCCCGCUGGCCGACACGCGCCCACAGAGUCCCUCGGCAGAGUCGAUACACUUCUCAGGCGUCGCACCGUCGCACACGUAUAUCGACCCCUCGUUCUACGGCUCACCCCUGCGCACGCGUCCGCCUGUCCCGCCCCUGCCCAACCACGUCCCACCACCCGUACCAGGGCAGUACGCACGCUCACUGAACGGGAGGAACUUCAGCUCGCAGCCAUCUACGCCGCUCUCUGCAACCUUCGCGCCGCCGCCUAUGCCCUCGACACCGCAAAGCCUAGGCCGCCCGCACUCGCAGGACGACAACAACAGUCACCGCUCGUCGGGCAGAAGGAGCUCACGCUCGGACAGCAUCCGCUCGACGACGUCGUACGUGAGCCAGUCUGGGACGUCGAGGCGGCGCCCGCUGCCCCGCCCACCACCGGUGCCGCCGAUUGACAGCGCGCCUCCGAUGACUCCUAUUACUGCGCUGACGAUCACAGCGACGGAAGGGAGGGAGGGGGACGGGAUGAGGAUGAGGCGCGUUCAGAGCUCGGGGCAACUCCUGAGCAUAAACAGGCCGACAUUUGGAAGAGACACGCCGCCGCGGCCGCAGCGCUCGCUGCCGCCGACGCCGCACAAUGCCGAACCGUGUGUCGGUGUCGGCGUCGAGCCCGUCAAUGUCGUCCAAGCGCAUGACCAUUCCCCCUCCUCCCACCACGCGCCUGCUCUUCCCGAAGAAUCCGACCUCGACCUCGUCGACCAUACCCUCCUGCGCACGUCCGACGCCGAAGCGCAUACCCGACGCCCGCCCAUCACCAAAGCCUCCCAGGAGGAUCUCACACAGUGGGUCCACCUGCUCACGAGCCCCCAGCGCGACCUCCCACCGUCGCCGCUCCCCAGUACAUCCAUCUACGACGUGCCCCCGCCGGCGUACUCGACGAUCAAUUUCUCGAGUGCGAACCCCCAGAAUAGGCCGCCCGUGCCGGCGACAGUGGCGUAUCCGAAGGUGGGCAAUGGGGUGUAG